AGUGAAAAGUUAGUCAGAACGAAACUGAAGUGAGCAACCGGUGUUAGGAGGAGAUUUAACGUGAGGAGUGUUUGUGAGGUUUUGGCUCUUCCGUAGGAUGUUUCAUUAGUGCACCGGCUACUCUUAAAUGGCUUAAAACAAUCCUUGCUAUUUAUAACUCUGGAGACUUUUGUCCUUCCUUGACGGACGAGCAUUGCUGGAUUUGGAGUCAACAUCAAGACGCGUCAGACAUGCACUUUCUUGGAGUUAUUGUCGGCGUCUUUCUGCCUGUUUUAUGCAACUUAUCGCUGGGGUUUCCUGUGCCAGUAGAUGCCAUCAUAGUGCAGGUCCAGCAGUGGGGAGUGGUGGGUGCUCACCAGGUCAUGGAGCAGGUCCUUCUCAACGGAGUCUCUCUUACUGGAAAAAGCCAGGAAGUUGACAGCAUUAUCCAAACCAUGUCAGCUGAUGCCCUCCUACCGACUCUUAUCAGGAUCAACCAGACUUCCUUACUGAGAAACCACACUGUCCUUCGUUCUCGUGAAUGCAUACUCGAGGGGUCUCAGCUGCACUGGACCGACCGUGUGUUCUAUGACGGGAACGUCUAUCUGACUCUGGACCACACUGAUACAUGGACGGCCCAUGUGCCACAAGCACUGGCCUUCAAAGUGUUGUGGGACCAAGAAACACAGCGCACAAAGGCAGAAAUGACCCGCCUUCAGGAGGGAUGCAUCAAGCUGAUGAGCGAACUGAAGCUUUCUCAGGAGCAGUCAGAUCAAGGGAAUCCUUUGCCUCAGUUUCUGAUCCCAAUCUUGGCACUUCUGGCGUUAGCAGGACUGAUCACAAUCAGCCUGCUCCUCUCCAAAAACCAGGGUUUGAAGCACCCCGGAGGUGUUGUUGGCUCAAUUAUACAUUACCCCAAAGACAUGACUGAAACGGCUCCAGAAAUAAGGAGCGACGGUUACCAAACCUUGUAAUUCAAAGCUGCUGAUUAACAGGGUCACGUUUGAGCUCUCUUCUCCAUUACUGCUGCUGAAUGUCCAAAUACAGAUUUAACACUUUUCCCUCUGUGUAUGGAAAGUGUUUCUACAGUAAUAUAACCAAAAACCUUUGCUAUGUUACCAACAGCCCACUGUAUUAAACACAUGUGAUCUGGAUUCCAGGCCGUAUUACUUUAUGCACUUUAAUGCAUUUAUCAUACUUUACACUGGUGCUUUUAUUGCAUAUACUUUUUUAUAUUUGUGCAUGUAUGUAUACACACACAAAGUAGUGUAAACACAUUUUCUGCAGCAACGUACAAGCUUUUUAGACACGUAAUAACUGUGGGCAAAUGUUUUCACCAGCCAUAAUCUCUGGACUAAGCUAUACAAGUAAAUAACUGUGUAAAUAUAAUGAAAAUGUUUUGUUUAAGCACAAAGAAUGUCACACACUGUCUUGUAGUCUGUAGAUAAAGCCCUGCUGAAAUCAAGUGUUUGUUUGGUCACUGAGAGUCAUGUCACAGUGAAACUCUGCCAAAUGCUGACUGACUGAUGUCUGUAAGUGUGUCCAUUAAUCAAUAAUUUGUUGUUUGGUUUAAGAUACUGUCCUGAUGGUUUUAAUAUUUCUUUGUCAUACUGUUCAUUGUUUUUUUUUCCUAACAUUUUUCCAUGUAAAAUUUUAAAUAAUUCAAUUAAA